GCACGUGAUACUGUAAGACGCUGAUUCGCUCGUGUUGGUUUGAGGAAGCUAUCCAACUCUUGAAACCUCGUGAGUUCUUUGGCAUGCUUAUAAAACUUCGACCUCUUAAACUCGAAACAUAUAUUCUAUACGACGAUUUAGACGCAUAAGGACAAAAGGCUGCCACCCAGUAUUAUUGCCCUCGCUCUGAUCGCUUCUGCCACGGGCAAUAUAUAGGAGCUGCACGAAGCUAGCUGAAUUACAACCAGUCUACACAAGAGAGCAGCCCACCAUGGAUCUAAAUCCACAAUUCACUACAGGAAUGCUGUCAUUCACUGAUCAGCCCGACUUUGAUUACGCCGCCUUCCUCCAAGCUGACGAUAUCACUUUUGGCGAGGGUGCCCAGACCCAACAGCAAGUACCAUCAGAUUCCUCAGACAAAGCUACCCCACCAAGCACAACGUCAGGGUCCAGUAGUGAACUUAUUGCUCGACCUUCUGCUCAGAAACAAAGACUUGAGCGAAGAGGCCAUACUAAAAGUCGAAGAGGUUGUUACAACUGCAAGAGAAGGCGUAUCAAGUGCCAGGAGACUCGGCCUGCAUGUGGCCACUGCACCAAGACGGGCCUGAAGUGCGAGUAUCCAUCUAUGCCUCAGAUCACACAUCAGCCGCAUCACCAGAUUCCUCUGUUCAGUCUCCAGGACAUGCGCUUCUUCCAGCACUUUCUGACGCAAUGCUACCCUCAUCAUCCCUUGAAGCAAGAGGACAUCUGGACCCAUGAGAUCCCAUGCAUUGCCCACAACCAUGAAUAUCUUAUGCACGCAAUCCUCGGUUUCUCGGCAUCUGAACUUAUGAGGAAUGACGCCAGUAUUGUUUCGUCAGCCAUGAACCACCGUAUCAAGGCAAUAAGAGCAAUCAAGAAACGCCUGGCCGAGACUGCCAGAAGCUCAAUGGACUACGAGGAAGCGAACGCCAUGGUAGCUACGUGUUACGCUCUUACAUUCCAGUCCGUGAGUCUGGAUGACGGACUGGCGGAGUAUCUGACGUUCAUCCGUGGUAUUAUGAUCGUGGGAAUGCAAAUGCUGUUCCGAGGUAUAAAGCCGAUAUUCGAAAAUAUGUUGGAACCGGAUCAGGAUGCUUUACUAGAACCACUAAUGCAGGGCCUCCCACUAAUUCCAAAGGGAUAUACGGACUCUGCAAUGGAGGCUCUUAUAAACCUUAAGCCACUUUGUGAGCGGCCAGUCGAAGUUGAGUAUCAUCAGCAUCUCGUCAAAAUGGCCGAAAAGCUCUACGUCAACUCGUGGGAUGCAUAUAAAGCAUACACGGCACAAUACGGCUGGUGGAUGUUACUUCCACACGACACCUUUCAAGCUCUCAUUGACCCCGAUAACCAGGUCAUGAUGCUGCUUCACUCACAUUGGGUUGCCAUCAACGAGAUCAUGUCUCCUAUCAGUGGGCAAGAACGAAACGUAUCUGAAAAGUACCCCCCACAGAGAGAUGACCAGCCGCAACUUGAUCCUGGCUUUGCUCGAUGGCUUAAAUAUAUUAAUGCUAAUAUCGAUCUUGAGCACCAAAUUUAUAAUCAGUGGCCGGUGUGGGUGGAGGAACAGUUGGAUAAUGAUAUUACUUUCUUUGGAAGGGUUUAAUUAACGGGUUUUACUCAGUUAUUUGGUAUAUUCAUGUAGGUUGUUGCAAGAUUUCGAACUGGGAAUCUUCAAGUAGAUAGAUAGAUCGCGUCCAUGGGUUGGCAGCUCAAGCAACGAGAGUUUCAAGCUACGUUCUCCUGAGGAAAAAGUGAAGAUCAUUUUGGAUGAUGGACUUGUUCAAGAUCUCUGGCCACGGAUGUGAAUCAAAAGAUAGAAAAAGACCAAGG